GGGGGAUGCGGAAAACUGGGGCAGCACUGAGCUCUGAACUGCAAGUGGCUUUUAGGCAUGCUCAAAGGGUAUGGAGAGGUUGUAGGAACGAAGUAAAAGGAAGAUGGCUGUUUCUGACAGGCGUUCUUCCCCUUCUGCCUAGAGUAGAUGACUGACGCAAGCAAUGUGUUGCUGGAAGACUUUUGUAAAGACAUCUAUGAACACCGCCCAAGAUCUCAAGCAAGAAGCAGUAGACACAGUACUUGACCCAGCUUGCAACAAGGCUAUGGCGGUCUCCAUGCGAUUUUUGGCGAAGGCUUCCCAUACCUUCGAGAGCAUUGUUGCGGGGGCCUCACCGAAGGCCGUGCGCACGCCGAAGACGCCCAUGAGCCCUAAGACGCCGAUGAGCCUGCCCAUGAGCCCACCCAUGAGCCCUUCCGGUUUGAGCCCGAAGCGUGGCCUGAACUUCUUUCCAGAGGAAGUGGAAAAGCGCAGCAAGAGGUCCACUCACCAGCGCUCAGUACAUUUUGAAGAGAGUGCACCAACGUUGGUGGGGAAUUUCUCACGCCUUCUGGGCGGUCGAUUGCGACCGGCUGAGGAGACUCGAAGUUCUCCCGCCAAUGCUGCAGCAGCUGCAUCGGCCACGCGAGAUGCCGUGCUGGCUCGUCUUUCAAGGAAGGAACAGAGAGAUGCGCCGGUGCCGCAACCACCAAUGAAACAAAUCCUCCCCAUGCUUCUGGGACAUCGUCCCGCUCUCAACGCACCCAGCAAAGCAGUGGAAGUGGAUGAUGUGGAUGUGGAGUCGUGCUCAUAUGCAGCUCGAAAAGCUUUCUUGGAGCAACAGGAGAGGAGGGCAAGCAGGAGCAUGGCAAACUUUGUGGUUUGAGAGAUCUGGAUAGUCCUUGAGUGAGCAAAGUCAAACUCAAAAAAAUCAUGCUUCUUUAUUUUCUUUUAUGCUAUCCUUGUACAGAAUAGAGAAUAGCAAGGAAACACCCUUGUACAGAGAUGAGCCAAGGACUCUUUGCAUUUCAGGAUGCACUGCUUAGGGCUGAAACUGAGAUGUGCAGAGCCACGUCCAGCUGUUUCAGCUUGUCCAUGCUCAGAAAUGCCGACGAUGCGCCGGCCGCCUUGCCAAA